GUCAUUCGCGAGUUACAGGGGCUCUGGGGCACACCGUGGCCCUAUACAGGGUCGGCGCUAACUGAUAUUCAAUCUAUACCAAAUAAUUUUUGCUAAUUUGUAUUUGGGGCUGUGAACUACAGGGUAUGGAGAGUGCUAACGGGGUGUCGGGUGAUGGAGGAGAUAAAGGUGGGCCUCCACCGCCUCCUAGUCCGCUCACAGGGUGUUACCUGCUAAUUGUCAUCGGGGAACCCUAUAAUGAACAGCACAAGGACAUCAUAUUGCAAAAAAUAGCCAAAGGACUGCUCUCAUGGGACCUUAACGAAUGCUUGGUAGAUCUAGAAAAAGAACUGGCAGUUAUCACAGAACAAUCGUUGGAAGGAGAAGAAGCUAGAUAUGGAGAGCGCCUAAUACAGUUUGCUUCUGAAAAUCUCGUCACCGAGAUCCUAAUCCAUCCUGCUGUUAGCACACUUGCGCAAUGUAUGCGUAAUUUACUCAGUAGUUUCACUAGACAUCGUCAUAUUAUCCAUGCUGGGUAUACUUUUGCCGCUAAUGGCUCAUGGGCUUUACAGGAUGGUACAUUCUCAUACGUUGACUUUUGUGAAGCCUUCCAAGAAUUGGAAGUACAACGUGUGGUUCGUGCUUAUGAAAAUGGAAUCAGCAUGGAUAUCCAUUGUUCUCCUGAAGGAGAUUGGCCUCGUUUACCCAAAGAACCAUUUUCUAAAGCUUGCAAAGUACGGAUUAACCCUACAGAUGUUCUUACAUCUGGUUCUCCAGCAUUAUCAGGAUUCAUAAAAUACCUUUCGCCGUUCUUGAUUCCUAUUGCGUUAGAAAAUCUAUUGGAAAGUUCGGAUGUAGUAGGUAAUAUUCGGUUCUCCAGACCUACGUUGUAUGUUUUUCCUGGAGGGCAAGGUGAUGCUGCUCUUUUUGGAAUCAAUGGUUUUAAUAUGCUCCUCGAUGGAGGCUACUCAAGAAAAGCGUGUUUUUGGGAUUUUGUGAGACAUUUAGAUAGGUUAGAUGCUGUGCUAAUGACAAGACUGAAUAAUAGUAAUGUAGGAGGAAUUAGUUCAGUACUAAGAAGAAAGAAACAAGAUGCUCUUUAUCCACAGAUAGGUCACUUUUUUUGUAAUAUUCAGGAGAGAAAAUCAAUUCUGAGUCCAGACGGUGAUAAAGACAAAGAUCCACUUUUGAUAAAUUUGCUUGAUGAAGGACAAGAAAUCAUAUCCAAUUUACGCCAUUUACAUCUGAAUCCUCAGGUCUGUUAUAGAGAUUCCGAGCCUAUUAAUUUGUACCAUAAAGUAGGACAUGGUACAUUAGAUAUGUACGUACUUAGUCCGGCCAAAGACUCUAAAGAAGUCAGGGAGUUCCUAUUAAAAUGGAACCAUAGUGAUCAAAAACUAUUUGCCAAUGCAAAAUCUAGCCGAGAUUUUAGUUUUCCAGUUCAAAAUCUAAUUUCUAUAUCUGCGUUGCUGGUCUGGCGUCCUGCUAAUCCGAACGAUACCAUAACUAGAAUUCUCUAUCCAGGAAGCUGCCCACAGAAUAGAAUAUUAGAAGGUUUAGAUAGGCUAAAAAAUUUAGAAUUCAUCAAAUAUCCAACAUGUUCGGAGAAAUCACUUGCACCCAUCUCAACUUCUAAAAAGACUGCCAAAGAAGCUAUGUUCGAUAAAAUCAUUCCCAAAGAAAAGCCUGCGAUUGAAAAGAAAGAGAAUAAAUUCAUAGAGAACGAUGCUCCAGCUGUAAAUGGUGAUACAAAAGAUAAAACUGUGAAAAAAUCUGAUUCAACUGAAAGUGAUAAAAGUAUAAGAGCUAAGAAACUUGAGGAACAAAAAAUUAUAGAAAAUGGAGAAAAACCUAAACCAAAACCGAAAACUCAAAAAUCGAGAAGUGACUCUCAACAAAGAAAAAAACCAUCUGACAAAAAAUCCCCUACGCUACCGAAAAAACCAAUCGAAAAUGGCGAAGCUAAGAAAUCUAUGAAACAAUCCCCCAUCACCACACCAGCUAAGAGUGCCAAAGAUGCAAAUAAUAGAAAAGUCGUAGAAAGUAAGGUUAAAAAAGAAGUUGCUAAAGUACCUCCUACUUCUGAAUCCAAACCAAAAGCAGAAAAAGUAGAAAGGAAACCUAUUUCUAGACGGCCUCCAGCUAAAAAAGCACCAAUUAGUCCUGUCAAGAAAAUUGUAAAUGGAGUGCAAAAACCUGAUAGUAUUUCAAGAAAAGGAAAAUUGGACAAAGAAGCUACAACUGAUUCCAGCACAGUUAGUACUCCAUCUGCAGAUCAAGAAAGUGUACUUAAAAAAGACAUAUCAAAACUAACACCCGAAGAACUACAGCAAAUCAAAGCACAGGAAUUAGCCGAGUUGAAAGAAGAACAAGAAGCUGUAAAAGAAAUAGAAGCAGUCUUCAGAAAAGGGGAAGUUCGAAAAGAUGAAGAAGAGGCUUUGAGAAAAGUUAAAGAUAUUUCCAUUGAUGACAAACUAGACACUGAAGAAUACCUGAUAAUAGAAAAAGAAGAAAUUGAGCAGCUUUCUCUCGAAGAAAAAGAUGCCAAAGAAGAAAAUCAAAAACUUGCCAGAGACAGCGAAGAAUCUGAAAAACUAAGAAAAUCUAGUAAAGAAGAACAGGAGCUCGAGAAACAAGAAAUCCAAAAACAAUUGAAAGGCACUGCAUCUGAACCAGAUGAAGCUUCUAAAAUAAAAGAAGAAAUUCAAAGCAGUAAAGUAACUAGUCCAGAAGAAAAAGUAGAUAUAUCAACUGAUAGGAAAACUACCGACAAAGAAGAAGAAGAAAUUAAAGAUGUUGUAGAGUCUCAACCAGAUGAAAAAGUAUCUGCCAACAUUAAAUCUGGCGAUACCACUACUGCUCCAACUUUACCAGAAGACGAACGAAUUCCUCUCGAUGAAAUAAAAGAAGACAAUGGAGCCAUUGAAGAAAAAUAUAUUAAAGAGGAAACUAAAGAAAAAGAAAUUCCAACAAUACAGAUUGCUGUAAAACCGUUUGAAGGUGUUUCUAAGUUACCAAAUGUAGUUGGAAUACGACUCGACAAACAACAACAUAUAAGAGAUAUAGUAAAAACUCCAGAUGAAGUUGCAGACUUACCUGUGCACGAAGAAGUUGACUAUGAAUUUACACACGAAUUAAAAGUAGAAACUCCAAAGUCUAAUGAAAUUGUAGAAAAGAAAAUUGACCAUGAACCAGAACCAGAAACCGGGCUCAGUAAAGAACAAGUCAAAGAAGAGGAGCCUGAAAAAGAUAAAGAUGAAGAUGAGGCAAAAAAGAUGAUGCAAGAAGAAUUGAAAACUUUAACAGAAACUGUUUUGAAAAGCGAAUCCGUUCUAGAAAAAGAUAUUUUGAAAGAUUCAGAGAAGAAAAUAAGCGGAAAAGUAGAUGCAUCCAGAGAAGAACAUGAAAUAGAGCUGGAAAAAGAUAAAGUAGAUGAAGGAAUAGAUGUUGAUGCAGAAAUUGAAGAAACUGUAGAAGCUAUUCAGGCAACACAAGAAAUAAGUGGCAGACAAAAGAGAUCUAUAGAUUAUGAAGAAGAAGCAGCACCUAAAGAUAAAGAUAUGAAAGUUAACGACAUUAUCACAGAAAAAAUGGAUAUUGCACCUGCCAAAGAUUCCAAAGAGCUGACCAAAGAAGAAAUCGAAACUCAAGAAAUUGAAAAGGUAGACAAACCUGAAAUCGUCCCAACAACCGAACAAGAAUUUCUAAAAGAAGUUAGAGAGAAUACAGAUCAAAUGAAAAAAAUUGAUGAUAAAUUACAAAGCCUAAAAGAUGCUUUGGUCGAACCAAAAAGUACCACAGAAAAAAUAGAUGACGAAGAAAUAUCUCAAACAGAUAGAGAUAGAAUUGAAAUUUUAAAAGGGACCACGAUUGACAAACUAGAGCUUGGGCGUAAAUCACCUAAAGAAAGAGAAGAGGACGUUAUGAAAAUAGUUGCUGGUGUAGCUGAAGUUCUAAAGUCAGAUGCACCAUUAGAAGAAUUCGAAGGCAAAAUACCAAUCACUACCUAUACUCCAUACACUCAAGAGCUUCGCGAAACGCAUAUUACAACCGUUGAUUCCCCAACUAUAGAAAUGAAAGUAAUCAAUACUGACAUUCCAACGAUUCCUGAAGAACCACAUAUAGCAGUUUCUUCUUUCUUAGAAGAAGAAAGGAAGGCCACUUCAAUACACGAGUCUACGGUAGAAACGAAGUUAGCUAAUGAAGAUAAAAGAAAUAGUUUAAUUAGAGAAUCUCAAGAGCUAAUGAUGGCGACAUCCAAAAUGCUUUCCAACAUUAAAUCUGGAAAACCAGAGGAAAUUGAUGACGAGAAAUCUAAAGAAGAAGUUGAGUCGCAGCUCGAAGAUACGGAUGAAGAGAAACCUGAUGAAGACGUUGGUACAGUUCAUAGAAUGUUAGUAACUGCAUCGAGUGAAGAUGGUGGAGAAGAAACAGAAAUAUGUCCACCAGGCACCAUUAUUUUCUCAAGAAGCUCCGAAAGCUCCGGAAGAAGUUCUCCAGAUCCAUCUCAAAAAGUUUCGAAAUCUUCAAUUGUUGAUACAGUUUCAGAUACUCUAAGCACUGUAAGACAAGUCGCAGAUCUUCCGUCUGAAAAAGAUUCAGGUAUAGACGAUGCUGAUCAAGAAACUCAAGAAAAAAUAUCUGAUAACGAAACUGGCAAAAAAGAAAAAACUGAAGAACUUUUAAUAUCAGGAACAUUCAGUCCUGAUAAAGAUGUUUCAAUUACAAGCUUAGUCAAAUUAACUGAUACAAAAUCAAAUGAGGAACAAGGAUUUUUGGAUAAAAUUGGUGAGAAAAUUGAAUACACCCUUACAUCUGAUAAUGACAUCAAGCUGGAUACAGAAAUAAUCGCAAGAAAAGAAAGUAUUGCGAAAGAGAAUACAGACGAAUACAAGCUAUCUCAUACAGAAGCAGAUAAAGUUAUCGAAGAAACCUCUGAUUCAAUUUCCACUGUAUCUGAUGUUACUGAUGAUAAUAAAGAUGUAGUUACUACCAAAAUAAAUAAAGGUGAAACUAGUAAAAAACCAGAAAAAGUAGAAGACACAAUUACUAUUGAACAAGAUGAAGUUUUCAAAGACGUUCAAGAUAAACAAAAAGCAAAUAUUCAUGAUUCACUCAAAGAUUCAUCAGAUUUUAUUGAAAAGAGGGAUGAUGUGGUUAUAAUUAAAAAAGUGUCUCUACAUGAGGAUGAGAAGCAAAUAAAAAGCAAUAUUCAAGAGGAUAUUGAAACUUCAAUUAAGAAAAUGGAAGAAGGUAUACCACCAGAAAUUAGAAGCACCGAAAAAGAAAUUGAAGCUACUACUCAGGAAAAAAGUGAAGGUAAAGAAAAUAUAAUAACUCAAUUCAAAGAUGAAGUAGAAGACGUUUUCGAGCAAAGCAUACAGGAUUUGGAGAUUAAGAAAGAUUAUAAAGAAAUUACAAAACAUGAAAUAAAAGAAACAAAACAUGAAACGAUUGAAGUAGAAGACGUUUCCAAAAAAACCAUGCAGGAUUUGGAGACUAAGAAAGAUUAUAAAGAAGAUACAAAACAUGAAAUUGUGGACAUAAAGUUUGAUUUACCUCUAGAUAGACAGAAAGAUGUUAUAGUAGAAAGUGAUGAUAUGAAAGACGAAAUCGAUGAUUUAGCUUCCAAGAAAAAUAACGACGAAAACUUGGACACAUUUGAUAAGUCAAAUUCCACUGAGAAGAGGGAAGAUCUUGGUAGUAGCGUGAAAGAUGCCGAAGAAAAAGAAGUAACACAAAUUUUGGAUAAAAGUAAAAGAAUACAAGAAGAUUUCAGUUCAAAAGUUGAUACCGUUCCAGACAAAAAAUUAGCUAUGGAAACAGUUGAAGAUAUGGCUCUAAAAAAGCCUGCCCAUGAUCUUGAAGAAGAUAUUGAAAAUAAAUUAGCCUCAAGGCAAAAAAAGUGGACAGAACAAAUUGAUGCUGUUUUGGACAAGGAACAAGAUAUAAAAAGUGGAGAGGAAGAAGUUGAAGCCAAAGAAUUAGAUGUAAAAGAAGGGGAAAAGAGAGAAACCUCAACUACUAGUUUGAAAGACAAGAAAGUAGGGGGCAUAGAUGAUACACAGGUUAAACCAGAUAGACCAACUGCAUCUGUUGAAGAUACUAAUCAAGAUAUACAAAAAGUUUCGGAUGUUCCCAAGAGUCUUGAGAAAGACAUUCACUAUCAAGAAAAUGAAUUACAGUCGGAUGUACCAGUUGAUAAAACAGUUGCAAUAAAAUAUAUUGAUAAAACUGCAGAUACUUUGAAGACUGUCGUUUCGGAGACAAUGGUGACAGAGAAAGAAAAAAAAGAUGAUAUCACGGGCGCAGCACAAAAUGAAAAAGAUAAACUUACAAAACCAGAUUCAGAGAUUGAUAGAGUACAUGAAGACCCCAGUGAAAUUAUUGUCAGGGAGCUAGAAAAAACCAAAAAAAAUAUAGAUGAAAAUAUCAAAGAUGAAAUAUCAGAUGAAAAGUAUCCAAUCAUAGAUAUAAUAGGAAUGAAGUAUGAGGAUACUAUCAAUGAGACAAAAGCGCUCAUAAAAGAAUCUUCAAAAGAUAAUGUUAUUGAAAGUAUUAAAGAUGAAUUAUCGGAACAAGACCUGACAUUCAAAGACCAGAUAACUGAAGGUGAUAUAUCAACCAAUCUGAUUGAUAAAAUUUGUGAGUCACAUUAUCAAGAAGAUCAAGAAGUGACAAAUAUUGUACGAGAAAAAAUACAUAAAAGUACAGAGAAACCAGAAGAAGAUAUAGCUGACGAUUUUACCAUCAAUGCUACAAUUACUGAUUUACAUGAUACCAAAGAAAAUAUCGUCGAUAGCAUUAAAGAUAAAAAGGUAGCAAUACCUGAUAAGGAGAAACAGCUCUUACAGAAUAAAAAAGAUGAUUUUAUUUCAACUCAUUCGGAAAAGGAGAAAGAUGUUAUUGAGAGCGUCAAAGACAAAAAAGAAGAUUCGGAGGAACAAUUGACACAUAGAGUAUCAGAAGCAGACGUUAAGCACGACUCUAAGGGAGUUACAAAUAGCAUACAAGAUAAGAAAGAAGAUAUACCAACAAGUUUUGAGGAAUCAAAGCUCUAUACAGAAGGUCUCCAAGAUAUGACAGUAGACGUUAUUGACAGCGUUGACGAUAAAAUAUCAUUGAGUACUGAGCAGUUAAAAGAUGGAGUAAAAGAUGUCAAACAUGUCUCAACAGAUAGUGUAAGUUAUACAAUCACUGAUAUAAAAGAUCUUGAAGAAGUUUUUACAGAAAAGACGAAAGAUAAAAAAGAAGAUAAUUACAAAGAUUUUAAAGAAUCAACGCAGCUAACAAUAGAGGGUGUGAAAGAUGAUGUAUCAGUUAGUAUAGGAGAUAAAGUAACUGGUUUGAAGGAUAUGAAAGAAGAUUUGAUUGAUAGCAUUGGAGACAAAAAAGAUGCAACUGCGAAAUAUUUCGUAGAUUCUAAGAAGCAGUUGAUCGAUAAUGUAGAAGACAUUAAACAUGAAAUAUCGACUAGUAUAAGUAAUACAAAUGCUGAUAUACAAGAAGCAAAAGAAUUUAUUACAGACGUCGUGAAAGAUAAAAAACAGGAAAUAGAAAUAAAGGAGUAUUCUGAAAAGCAAUUAACACAAGAGAUAAAAGAUACUAAACAUGAUUUGACAUCCAAUGGGAGUGAUGCUUCACGAGAUAAAAAGGACGAUACCACGAGCAAAGCUAAAGAGAACAGAGGAGAACUUGCAGCGGCGAUUGAAAAAUCUAAGGAGCCAUUAGCCGAAUAUAUGAAAGAUAUUGAAGACAAAUUAUCAGUAACAGUGACUGAUACAUUCAAUAUUUUACAAGAUAAAAAGGAAGAUAUCACAAGCACAGUUGAAGAUAAGGGAGAAGAGCUGGCAGAGGCAAUUAAGGAAUCUAAGGAGCCAUUAGCUAAAGAUGUCGAAGAUAUAAAAGACAAUUUAUCAGACAUUGUAAGUGAUACAAUCCAUGAUUUACAAGAUAAAAAGGAAGAUAUUGCAAGCAAAAUUGAAGAGAAGAAAGAAGAAUUGUUAGAAAUUGUUAAGGAACCAUUAAUUCAGGAUGUGAAAGAUAUAAAAGAAAAUGUAUCAGUUCCUAUGAGUGAUACUGUUAUUGGCUUCCAAGAUACGACAGAUUUUUAUGUCCACGGCAUCAAAGAUAAAAAAGAAGAUAUUACAAGUCGAGAAACUAUGGAUCCGUUAACGACUACUAUUACUGAUACUAUUACUGACCUGCAACAAGAAAAAAUUCCGGUUAUUGACGACACUGACGAUAAAAAACAAGAAAUAGAGGUAACUAGCCAGAAAUCAAACGAGACGUUAAUAGAGGACAUAAUAUAUGAUUCAUCUCUUAGUAAAACUAAAGAAAAAUCCUCAUUAGCUAUUCAGGAUCCUAAUGAUCAUUCAAAGGAAUGCGUAAUAGAUAUAAAAGAUGAAAAAGCCGAUAUAGUUGGUUCAUUUAGCGAGGUACGGGAUAAUAAAGAUGAAACUGAAGGUAGCAUAAAAUAUGUAAUGGAGACUAUUGCACAAGUAGCUGUUGAAAUGUCUAGAAAAAGUGUGACCGAGGAGCUGGUUGGAGAUUCUGAGGAUCAUGUUACAAUUAAAAAGGAUGACAUUUUGCACAAAAAGGUUGAUACUAUGAAUAGCUUGGAAGGCAAUGAUGAAGAAAUAACAACUGAUGUUGAACAAAUAGUUAAACCAAUUAAAGAACACGUCUUAGGAAGUGGAGAAGGGGUCAAAACUGAACAGAUUCAAAAUAACGAUGAUAUUAAAACUACGUCAGCAGAUAUAAUCAAUGAUUUCACAUUGAAAAGUGAUGAAAUGAAGUCCCAUUUAGAUAAUGAGAAAUACAAACAGGAAACGGAUAUAAAAGACGCUAUACAGAAAAUUGGAGAAGAUGGUCUAAAUAAUAUGGGUAAAGGAAAAGACGUCUUUGAGAAAAAUAAAACUACUUUGAAAGAAGAUGUAACCGAAAUUGAAUCUCAAUAUAUCAAUGAGGUUGUUGAAAAGAAAGACGAAGAUCUUGAGAGAGAUAUAGUUCAGAUUGUAGAACUAGAAGAUCAUUUGCAUAAGGUGAAGGACGAACUCAUUAAUGCAGUAGCGUCAGUGAAAACGGACAAAAUAGAAGCAGAUGCAGACAAAUUACUGGAUGUUAUUUGCAAAAAACCAGAUUCUUUGAAAGAAGAUAUUGAAGAUUCACACAUCAAAGAACAGUCUAUUGAAAAUAAUAUAGAUCAAAAAGUUUUAACGAAAAUAGAUGGAGCAGUGGAUAGUACAAAACACCUAGACACUACUGAUAGAAAAACAUCUUCAUCGACAGAAUUAGAUGAACAACUCGAAUUUCAAAGUGAAGGUACAGUUACAGAUGAUGUCAAGGAGAUGAUACAAGACAUGAUAUUAACUUCACAGGAUAUUCCUAAGGAAAAAAUGGAAUUUGAAACAAUACCUGAUGAAGAAGAUGCGAUCCAUACUAAAUUUCAUGAAACAACAGAUUUUGUAGAAAUUAAAAAAGAUAAAGACACUGGUGAAGUGAAUAUCGCGGAAAUUGAAAAGCAUGUAGACAACUCCUUAACCGACUACAAAACGAUUGCGGAAAAAGAAGAAGAUAAAUUUUUAGUACAUACAGAAAAGACAAAAGAUUUGAAAGAGCCUAUAACGGGAACUAUUGAUAGUAGCUCAGAGCGGAAAGAUAUAAUUAAAUGUCCAACUGAAGCAGACCCAGAGAAACAAGAAGUGGGAACGAAAAUUAUCGAUAGUAGCUUAGAGCAAAAAGAUACAAUAGAAAGUACAAUUGAUGAAAUCACAGAGAAACAGGAAAUGGAAUUUUCCGUACAGACAGCGACUAGAGAACUGGUAGAUGAUAAUAAUGAGAAAAAAGAUAUCCUUAAAAAACCAAUUGAAAAUGUCGCAGAAACAUUAAAGAGAACAGAAGAGUCUUCAAUGAAAGGUAUUACAGAUACCACCCCUGAUACUCGUAAAAUUGCAGAUGAUGUAAUUACAAAUAUUAAAAAAGAUAAUGUCGAUUAUUCAACUGAUAAAUAUGAUAAAAUUGAAGAAACUAAAGAAAGACCUAUAGAAGGAGUAUUAUCCGGAAAAGAAACUGCAUUAGAACAUCAGUUGAUAGGUGGUAUUGCCUCUAUUGACAUAAAAGACCGAGAUGACGAGGAAAAAAAGGGUGAAUCAUACAAGAUGAUCAUAGAUCGUGUGUCUGAAAGUAUUGAAAUUGGCGUAAAAGAUAUAUGCAGUGGAAUUUCGGAAUCCAACCAAGUAGUAGAAAACAUCUUGAAGGAAAAAAGUGAAGAAAUAACUAAAGAUAAAGAUGAACUGGUAGAGUUCUUGGAAGGUACACAAGAAAAAAUUGAGGGAUUGAUUCAUAAUAAAGUUCAGGAAAAAGUUGACGAUACAACAAAAACUAAAGACGAAAUAACAGAGAACUUGAAAGAAUUAAGGGAAGCUAUUCAUGGAACAGUUGAAAAAAGAGUAGAGGAUAUGACUGAAAUAGAAGAUAGUUUGAAAAAAGAUUUAAGCUCCCAAAAAGAAAAAAUAGAAGGAGCAAUUCAACAAAGUUUUUUGAAAAGUGUUGAAGGGGCGAAAGAAGAUUUAUUGGAUAAACAGCAAGUACUUGAAUAUACCUUGUCGGGGGUAAACGACAAAGUUACUGACACAAUAUCUAAAGUAAUUUCUAAAAGUGAACAAAAAGUUCACGAUACUAUACAAAACACUGAAAAUGAUAGCAAAACUUUUUCAAAAACUUUGGAUGAAGGAAUUUCAGAUUCCCUAGACUUUUCUGGGACUGGGAAGUCAACAAUUAUUGAUGAAAAAUUGACAGAUAAAGAUGAAAAAUCUCCAUCAGAAAUAGAAACUAUGGAUGAAAAACUUAUGAAAAAAGAGCAAAUUCUUGAAGAAGCAGUGGAUGAUAUCGAAGAAACUUUCAAAACCGUAGUUAGUAUGACUGAAUCGGUUAUAUUUGAUAAAUGCUCCAAACCGGAUGGAAAUGAUUCACCGAACGACGAAAAAGAAGUACAACAACAAGAAAAAAUACUGGAACAUUUUUCUGAAGAUCUAGAAGGAACAUUCAAAACGGUAGAUAGAAUGUCUCACGAAUUAUCAUUUGAAAAAUGUGAUAGUAAAAUAAAAAAAGAUGAUACAGGUAUGGAGAAAUCGGAUAGGGAGAAGCAAAUAACAAAAGAAGAAGAAACAGCGGCAGUACAAUCUACUGAUAAUUUAGGACAAACUUUUGAAACUGUAGAGGAAAUUACACAUGACGUAACCUUCUCAAAAUAUGAUACAGAAAUUGGAAUAAAAGAUAUUUCCAGUAAAAAAGACGACAUAGAUAAGUCAUCUCUCGAAACGGAAUCUAAAGUUACCGAAAAAGGAGACAAAGAAACAAUGGAGAAGGAAAAAUCAGAACCAUUAACAGAAGAAUAUUCACUGCCAAAAGAUCAUUCUAGUAUCCCUAUGCCCAUUCCAGAGAAAAAGUCUGCAGAAUUGAGCGAUAAGAAACAAGAUUGUUUGAAAAUUGCUACUAUCUCAUUAAAAGAAGAACAAAGUGACGAGCUAAAAAAACGUGAAGAAAUACAAAAUAAUUUAUUACAUGAAAAACAAUUUCCUGGGGGCGUAACUCCUCCCACAGCUCCAGCAAGUCCAAACGUAAAUGACGACAUUCGCUUAGUGAAGCCAUCUGACUUUGACGCAGAUGCAAUAUCUAGGCAAAUACUAGACAAAGAAAGUGAUGAUGAAGAGGAUCAAUAUAGCAUCACAUCUCAAAUUGCACAUUCCAGAGACUCGUCGCAAGCCGAUUUCGAGAUUAUACGAAGUCAUGAUCCCAUGAAUAUGUCAUUCUACGGAGCCCUUCCCGACGACGAAGCUAUAGAUGACUUGCACGAAACUUCCAAAGACAAACCACAUGAAUCUUUUGUUGAUAAGACUGAUAGUAAAAGCAAAGGAAAUAAAUGUCUGGAUACACAAGUACCAUCAAGUGCAGACCUUGAUAAAAAGAGUUCUAUAGAAUCUUGGGGAAAACCCUUAGAGUUGCCGGCACCAACAUACCUUUACGAAAUAACAAAGGCGAAGUAUUCUACAAUCACUUAUCAAAAAGAAAUAAGAUCCGACCAAGAUUCCCUACCUAGUACUAGCAUACCAUCAGAAACCAUGGAUAUGAUGACAGCUAGUUUCUACGGAAAUCUUCCUGGUGAUGACGAAACAGAUCCAAUUCAAUCAUGGGGAAAACCUUUGGGUUUACCGAGUCCAGCCGCUCCAAACGACAACAAAGGUACUCCAAAGAAGGAAAGGAAACUUCCUGCAAACGUUUCGGCAAAAAAUAAAUUGAACGACGACAAAAAAAGGGCAGAAUCCCCAUCAAAAUAUAACAAAAAUAAAAAAGUUAACCCUGUGUAUGUGGACCUCACAUACGUACCUCAUCAUGGAAAUGCUUACUACGCUUACGUGGAUUUCUUCAGGAGAGUUAGAGCCCGGUAUUAUGUUUUUUCUGGAAUUGAACCCAGUAGAGAAGUUUAUAAUGCUUUGUUGGAAGCCAAACAGACAUGGGAAGAUAAAGAGUUAGAAGUGACCAUAAUUCCAACUUACGAUACAGAUAUACUAGGCUAUUGGGUAACUGAGAAUGAAGAGCUGCUAACUAAAUACAAGAUUGACUUAUCUCCUUCCGCAUCCCGCUGCACUAUAAAUCUUCAAGAUCACGAAACAUCUUGUAGCGCAUAUAGACUAGAAUUUUAAACCAUUUCUGACACAGCAGAUAUCAUUUUCUAGCAAUAAUCAGGAUAAAGUCGUCAUUCACUUACCUAAAACAUCACCCUUAUAGAUCAAAGGUAUUUCAAGCCAAAGGUACAAUCUUAUUCUUCCCAAAAAAGUACCUCUUACAUCAGUCUUCUUCACAACUAAUAGCAUAGAAUGUAAUAAAAUUUUCGAAUCUAAUAGGAGUUUUUCAAAGAUUUCUAGAACCCUUAUGAAUGUUGUUCUGUUCAAAUAUUUAUUCAAAAUUAUUCUUCCUCGAAGAAGAAUAAUGUUGAUUAUUCAAAGUUUAAAAACAAACUUAAAUGGCGUUUAUCAAACGUCAAAUUAUAUGUGAAGAAAAGCCUAGUUUAGGUAGAUAUUAAAAUUUUAAAAUAGCUGUUAAACAUCUCGGCUAGAUAUUAAGAAAUAAUUAUUUAGUUUAGCAUUAACUGUAUUAUAGAUAGACAAUCUAGUGAUGAAACUGCUCAUGAUUCUGAUUAAACACAGCAGUUUUAACUAAGGCAAAGAAAUCAGAAUUUCCAUAUUUGAGACACUUUAAACGAAAAAUAAUCUAAAGUCACUGAUGCACAUAUGUUCAAAUGAAAUAGUGCACCUUAUUAUACAACUGUAAUGUUUUUAGGUCGUAGGUUAACCACUAAAGGAUAUUAGUAAUAAAGCAUUCUAGAAUGAGCCAAAAAACAAAGAGUAAAGAUGAAAUUAUUACGUUUUAAACCCACGAAAGCUUCAGAAAUAUAUGCAUAAAAUUGGCAAAACAAAAUACAUUGGAUCCAUUAAAAUUAAUCGAUAAUGCUUAAUAAAUUAAUUCACAAAUUCAUUACAUAGAUAUUCAAAAUAGUUUAUCAAUUAUUAAGAUAAGAACUGAAAUUGGUAUCAUCCCAGUUGUAGGCAUAUAAUCAUACUGUAUACAUUUUUAAUGAAUAUGUUUCCGUCAAGCUUCUUCUAUAUUUUUCAACCCGGAUGAUAAUUUAUUUUAAUGAUCGUUAAAAGGAUUGUUUUAUACAAAAAAAAUAUAAAAGGAAAUGACAAAGAACGUUAAAAAAUUUGAUACAAAACACACUGUUUCCUCUACCACUAACCAACACUCACAAUUACACUGUCUGACGCGCGUUUACCUUCAGUCUCUGAAGACGAUAACUUGGUUAUUUAAACGCACGUCAGAGAGUAUAAUUUUGAAUGCUAGUGUAGUAGUAGUUCAGUAUAAAUAUCAGCAGCGGCGCCAAAAAUUUCAGAUUAGUAAAAAUUUUAAGUAAUAAAAAACGUAACUAUAUAACUACAUAUAACGUUAUUUAUUAAACUUUUUGGAACUGUAUUAUUAAGGGUAUUUACUCGACGUUUUACAAAAGUUCUCAUGUAUAGAAAUUUUAACCUACAGCCAAAUAAAAUCCGGAUAGGACUGAAGGACUCAUGUAUCGUUACUAUCAAUAUAAUUUCAAUUUCAAUUUCGUUAAUGCUAAAAUUCUAUAUAAUUAUUUCUGUAACGCUUUAUGUGUAAACAUAACCAUUUAUAUCAUAUGUGAUAUAAUUUAUGUUAGCAUUUAAAAAAAUGUUUAGGAUCUUCGAAUGAUACUUAGGCCGUUUAUUCUUUUUAUAUACAUUUUUGUACCAAUCACGCUUCUCAUAUUACGCCAAAGAUUUCGCAUUUCUAUGUAUGCAAUUAUAGACUUAGUAGUUAUUAUACAGAAUGUAUAUUUUCAAUUCCAAAACAUUUUGAGAAACAAUAAAUUUUUUAAAAAAGUUACGUCGAUAUAAAAUAUCUAUUUUACAUCAACUAUUUUUAAUUUUCCUUCGUUUUCAUGAAAAAUGUUAGUCCUGCAAUACGUUAUCUAAUUUAUCAUAAUGUAAUGAUUGAAAUUUUUUUAAGAUUGAUAAUUAUUAAAAACACAAAUUGCGUAAAAAGUUUGAGGAACGUCGCGUCGUACCAAAUUUUAUAUGUUCAAAGACUUGAUGUUAAUAUCAACUAUUGAAAUUAACAUCAGCUAAAGCUUGGUUUAGGCAACGAAAAUUAAAACUAAAUAAAAAUUAACAAUAAACGUAAAUUUUUUGGUGAUAUUUUUUAGUUUAUGCAGUAAAUUGAGGAUAAUCAUAAAAUCAUAAAAAUCAUAAAAAAUAAAAUAGAAAUUUCCUGUAUAGGUCCUUUUUGUCAUACAAAUGUGGAAAGCUUCUGACACUGUCUAUCAGUGUUCCUCUAAAGUAUGUUGUUGACUUUCAGUCUUUACUUUUCCCUAUUUUUCUGUUCAGAUUUGAAAAUAAAACACGGAAUUCGCGCAAUAAUACAAAUAAUAUUUUCAUAACCAAAGAACAAGGAUUUUAAUUUGGAAUUUCUGGAACUUUUAGUGACAUUCAUAAUGAACACACUGUUUACACUACCACUACACAAUACUCACAAUUACUCUGUAUGUCGCACGUUUUGAUAACCAAGUUAUCGUCUUUAGAGAUUGAAAAUGAAUUGAGUUUACCUAGUUUAGCUUCAGGUUCUGAAGACGAUAACUUGGUCAUGGAAACGGGUGUCAGACAGUGUAAUUUUGAGUGUUAGUGUAGUGGUAGUGUAAACAGUGUGUUCAAUAAGAAUGUUGUAAACAAAACAAUACCAUCAAUACAGACUGAUAUGAAGUAUUCUGUAUUCAUAACCUCACAAAAUUAAGGAAUUAAACAAAAACGUUAAAAGUUGGCGAACGUUUAAUUUUAAUUUAAAUUUACUAUUAAUUUUCCUCAUCAAGUACACGUACCAUAUCAGUGUCUUUCAACAAGUGAUUUAAUUCGUUACUUUAAUGUUAAUUUUUUAUUUCGGCUGCAUAAACCUAGUCCAACGUGUUAGAUAUUGUCCAAAAUAAUUUUCGUAACCAAGAACACAUCAAUAUUUCUAAUAUCUAAAAAAAAUCUAGAAACGCUUUUUAAAGCAAUUAAUGAGAUAUUAAAAAAAAUUUUGGCGUAUCGAAAUAUAACAUUUAAUACAUAAUAAUGUUCCAAAAUAUUAUUUUUAGUAAAAAAUGUCGAUUAUUGUUGAAAAUAUACAUCCUGAAUCAAUUUUUUGGUAUCGUAGAGAAAGCUUUUUAUUUAUACAUUUUAAAAGAUAUUUUAGAUUUGUUGGAUAUUUAAAGGCCUAUAAGUAUUGGUAAGUGGUCUCAAGAUUUACAGGGAUUUUCAAAACCUAUUAGAAUUCGAAAAAGUUCGUAUAUUUAUUCCUUUGUUAAUUUAAAAAAAAAUACUGGAUUAGUCUUCUUGUAAUGAAACUGAGAGUUUGGAAAAUCGUAGCAAAUAUUACAUGAGAAAGUAAUGAGAUUUAUAGCAAUGGCCAUAUGAUAUUACAAUAAAAUUUCUUAUGAAAGUAUUGGCCAGUAUAUAAAUAUUUGAUACUCGACAGUUCCUGCAGGUAUUUUAAUUCUCUGUAAUUACCUGUUUAGCUCAUAUUUUUUGACUUCCCAAGUAUAGCCAAAAUAUCAAGCCAGUUUUUUACAAUUUUUUGUCCUCCACUUCCUUUAAAAAGACAAUGGUGUCGAAAUGAAACAAUGGUAAUAAUUAUAUAUGAUAAAACUAACUUUUUAAUAUAUUUCAAAUAUUUGUGCCUAAGUUUCUAUAUCAAUUUCAAGUGGAUCCCAGUAAAUCAUGUGGCUUAAUAUAAUUUAUAAGUUAAGCUCUGACAGCAUUUGGUGUGGUAAUUUUUAAGCAAUUGAGUCAUAUUUAUUUAAUUUAGUUUUUAAGUAAAGAAUUUUUUGAGUUCAGCUUAUAAUAUUCUGUUAACUUGGUAGUGAAUAUGUCCUCAUUUGAGUCCAAGCAAAGCAUCAACACCAAGGGGCCACUUUUUAAUCGUAUAACCUGGACUCAAAAAUACAACGGGGUGUUAUUUCGAGAAACUGAGCUUUGUACUAAAAGUACAUUAAAAAAAAUAAUAAACUGUUGUUAACUAUAUAUGUAAGAUUGGUGCUAUAAAAGUAUUGCCUUUGCAAGGUUUUUGAUAUUAAUUUUGGAUCCAUCAGGAAUGGAAUACCUAUAUGAAACAAAUAGAAAUAGAGUUCUGGAGCGAGUAAAAGAGACGUAAUACAUACAGUAAACAAUUAGCUACAAUGUUUUUUCAAAUGUAAAUGAGGUAAAUUAACUUAUUAUGUCAGUAAUUAGCCAUUUCAACAUAUAUGAUGAUGACUAUCAAAAAAGAAAUUAAUCAGUAUUGAAAUGAUUUUUGGGAAGUAUUUUACUAGGUAGGGGAAAAUAACCAAAUAUGGGUUACCAUUUGGUUUUUGUCCAAAAACGAAAUAAUCUAUUCAAAAAUUAACCAUUUAUCGGCGUAAAAAUAAUUACACAUAUAGUUUUUAAGAGUAACAGUUUUAUGUUCUUGAUAUUAUAAUAUAUUAAAUUGAGCAUUAAACAAAAUUGCAAAAUAGACAUAUAAUAUGGAAGGUUCACUCAACGGGCUACACGUAGAAACUUAUAAUAUCUUGUACGAAAAUAACUAUUAUAAAUGUUCAUCUUAUAAGACAUCGAAUUUCUUUGGUAACUAAAAGAUACUACUUAAUUUACUUACAAAAAUCACAUAUCCAUAUAUCAAACUCUAGCACAGCACAGUCAUUAUGUGCACAGACAAAAAAUUUAUGCUGCAUCGGCAUUGUCAGGAGCUUCUCUUCCUAUGGGGACAUUUGGUUCACUAUCUGAAUUAAACUGGAUAUCUUUUUCACCUUCUGUUUCUCCAGUGUCCCUGGUCUUGGUUUUCUCAUAUUUUAUUUUUCUACUUUCUUCUUGUUUUAAUAAUGUCACACAAAGCAUUUUUUCUACCUCUAGUUCUAAUUUCUAGUUUUUUUUUUUGGCACGGAAUAUACAUAAGGAGAUACUAGGCCUAGACUGCGCAAUCAGUUCCGGAAAUCGAAGGUUUGCUAUCAUAUGUUGGUUCAUGUCCAGUUCUUCAAGUAGAUUCUUCUAUUUGUGAGUCAGGUCUCAGCGGAUGCGCAUUUUUUGUAUCAGACCUAGCCCAUAUUUAGAACUUAAGUCAUAGCCUAUAUUCGAAACUUUCCACAUGAUUGAGCGUGUACUUCACAAGUCAUAUAUACCUAGCAAGUAAUAAAUCGACAGAAAAUCAGAAAAUUUAUUUUAUGUAACAAAACACAUAGUUACAAUAUUUAAAUCUUAUUUUCAUUAAUUAUAUAACACAUUGAUCUUAGAUAAUUUUUCGAUACAGCGAUACAAGUUUGGCGUACACAGUCGACAGCUCACCAGAGCUAGUACAAUUGUAAAGUUUUAGUACAUUUUAGUGUAUUUUAUACGCUAGUACAUUUUUCCUUUUUUCUAAUACAUUUUCCCUGCGUUCGUUUUCUCCCAAUUUCUCCCACUGGUAGCAUGUACUAUACCAGAGGCGGGAUUUUUUUUAUUCAGCGUUCAAUGUUAUGAAAUAUAGAAUAUAAUUUUAUUUUUGAGUCUGAAAUUUUAUUUUUUCAUUUCAUUACUUACCUUUUAUCUUUAUCGUUGAUUUCUUCAAAUAUAAAGUUAUUUUAUAUUUUCGUUUAAUAAAAUAAACUAGAAAUUGUACUAGAUUGUAACAAUAAUUAGAAAACAGAGCCAAGUUGAUUUAUAUUUAGAUCGUGAGAUUUUUGUACUGCAUUGCUAAUUUUAUCGGUAAACUUUAUAUAAAUUUUUCAUCCUUAAAAUAAUAAUUGUCAGUCUAUAACAUUUUUGGAAAAAAAUUUAAUCUAAACUUAUGUUUAUACAUCUUUCUAUAAUUUUAUUAAAUUUGUUUGAAGUUGGUACAAUCUAGUACAUUUUCUACUGACGAGACAAAGUGAAUAUGAAGUUAAAGCUAAUCAAUACGAUAGACAAUCGUCGCCUCGUUUGUAGCGUCUUUCGACUGUUGGUUUUCAAGAAUUGUUACUAGCCCAUAUUAAAGCCGUAGCCCACAUUUGCUUUCUACCCUUUAUUUUACUAUUUUCAAUCAAUAAAAAUACAUAUUUUAAAAUUACAGCUUACUUGUAAAAAAGAACAAAUAAAGCAGUCUAGUUCAAAGAGGCAAGGUCACAGUUAGUCUGGACAUGUAAAAAAUUGAAAUCUAAAAACUAGCAUACUCUCUUCACGAAAAUUAUAUUUAGAAGAGUGAUUCUUUGCAGUCGAAGUUGGAAACAAAAAGUCAACCGCUCUCACCUGAAUCGACUGUAGUCAGUAGCAACAUGAUUUUCUCAGAAGAAGCGUUACUUAUUAUGUUCCUAGAACGAAGACAAAUAUAUUGAAUUCUCGGUUCAGUCUGAAUUUCGGUAAUGAAACUACCUGUAUCACAUGGUUUCUUGUUAUCAAAUGUGUGAAUAAGGAUACUACAAGCAGCUGCAUAUAAUUUUACUCCAAUUGCAGAAUAUUUCAUAAUUUGAACAAAAACGAAUAUAUACAUUUUUUAAUUUAAUAAUCACACCUUGAAUCCGUCGGGUUAAGCUAAUGGUCUAUCUACACCUAGGUGCAAUUUUCCAACCUAACGUAAAACUAGAAAUCACAGUAAAGUUUAAACUAUAGAUUAAACUGUAUAGUAAAAAUAAACAAGCUUACUCGAUUUCACAUGUAACAGUUAAAUGGACAAAGUUGAUUUGUUCGAAAAAAGUGGAUAAACAAAAAUUAGCAACCUUCUGAAGAAAUACAUAGAUACCGUAACUUUGAAGAAUACUUUAAUUAUAAGAAUAAAAAAAUUGUAAUGUCUUGGAUGGAAGCAUAACAAAUUUGAAAAAUGAGUGGCACAAUUUAAAGAAACUCGUAAUUCCGAUUUUAUGAUUUAACUCUAUAGGGUUAAGUAUGCAAUAGUAAGGAAGUAGUCUGAGAAAAUUAUGACCCUGUUCUUUGCACAGCUUGUCAAUAUAAUAAAUUUCCUCUAACUUUAGACUUUUAAUAACAGUAAGCAAUUCUUUAUUUGUUGGGACUUCUUUACGAUCUCUGACAGGACUAGGAAUAUUUUCUUCAGACAUAAAUGCUAAAAUUUGAGCUUUGUUAAUAGGAAUUACUAUUUGGUAUCUUAACGAGUUGCCGCGAGUAGUAGGAUGCGUUGUCCAUACGAUUACUGACUGUGGUGGAAUGGUAGGUAAAAGCUGUUCAUUAAACCACGGUAUAAUGUGAUAGUAGAGUAAACAUCUUCGUGACCGAAUUAGGCAGCUGCUUUAAUAAAUUGCUCAGGUAAAUUUUUGUUUUCUUGCGCAUCGACAAUGUUGAUAAUUUUGUUGAGUUCAUCAAAUAUGAAGUGCAUAUCUUCCAAGUAUAUCAGAACCAAAAGCUAUUCACUUAAAUUGGUAUUUGGCAAUGACUGAAAAUUAUUAUAUCAUUUGUUUCUUUAUGGCUGUUAUGAAAAAAUAACAAUUUACUGACUUAAUGAGUCUAAUAGUUAAUAACUGAUAUUUUUAUUCUGGUUUAGUUUUAUUUUUUUUAGUAGAAAUAAAAAUUUAAACGCACAUGUUAUAUUUUGGAUUAAGUGAAAUAAAAAGUUAAUUGUGUGCUGCAUGUAUACAGCAGAACUGACACUUUAUAUUUUUGUUGAUAAAUUAAAACCAUCUAACAUUUAUGUGCAGUUCAAUUUAAUAUUUAUUGUAUUUAAAUAGCUUCUAGUCAAGAAAAUUCUGAUAUCUUUUAGCUUAAAAAUGUUGAAAAAUACAUAUAUUCAAAAUGCAAUUAAUGUAUGGGAUAUGUAUGAGAAUAAUAAAUAAAAAAUGUAAAAAUGA